AUGGGUACGUCCCCUGUAUAUCCCAAAAUAAUCGGACGGCUGGACGGCUUGCUGUUUCCCAGGGCGGCGUCGCUGCUCGUGUCAGCCCUCACCCUACCGCUGGCGCUUUGGAGAUGGGGCAGACGCCGCUUUCACAUGAUACGUCUGGGCGCCAAAUUCCCGGGGCCGUUCGCUAUGCCCAUAGUCGGCAAUGCCUUGGACCCUGGAACCAUUGACGCCGCAGGAGAUAAAUGGCGAUCGCGCCGCAAGAGGCUGACCCCGGCGUUCCACUUCAAGAUCCUCGACCAAUUCCAAAGCGUCAUCCUCAACUGCGGGAACGAGUUCGUGCGGCAGCUGCAGAAGCGCGCGGGGGGUGCCGCUUUUGACGUUUGGCCGCUCGUCAAACUUCUUACCCUCGACGUCAUAUGUGAAACUGCAAUGGGAGUAAAAAUGAAUGCACAGAUAAACAGUAGUUCAAAAUAUGUUAAUGCGGUUGAAGAGAUAUCAGACAUUACUGUGAAACGUAUUAUUCAACCGUGGCUGCACAUCGAUUUCAUUUUCUAUUUGUCUUCCAUCGGCCGCAAAUAUAAGAAGUGCCUGGAAGUACUACAUGGCACUACUGAUAAAGGCCAUGAUACUACAGCAUCUGCAAUAUCGUUUACCAUGUUUGCACUAUCCCGUCAUCAAGACGUACAGGAAAAAGUUUUAGAAGAACUGAAGACAGUGUUUGACAGAUCACAGCCUCUAGAACCAACGAUGCAACAAAUUUCGGAAUUGAAAUACCUCGAAAUGGUAGUCAAAGAGUCUCUCCGAAUAUACCCACCUGUUCCGCUAUUUUAUCGAGACACCAACCAAGACGAGAAACUACCGUCGAGCCAACGAUUUGCCAUGCUGGAACUGAAGAGCAUCAUCGCUAAGGUGGUGUGGAACUUCCGCAUCCUGCCGGACUUGGAUUUUGAGCCAGUGAUGUCCUGGAAGCUCGUCCUGAAAACUGAGAACGGCGUGCGCUUGAGGCUGGAGCAGCGGAGUUAGCACACGUGGCU